AUGAUAACGAAGGCAGUAGAAGCUAGUGGAACAGUUACUAUUACAACUGUAACCCAGCAACUAUUUCGAACAAAGAUGGAUUUUAAUGAAUGUUUCAUUCAUCCAAAGUCAUUCUCUUUAGACCCUAACAUUUAUACAGAACUUGUAGAACAUUAUACAAACGAGGCUUUAUGUUUUCCUGUUAAAGUUAUGGAUUGGAUUCCUAUGGACGGUUCAUUCUCAAAGAAUACAGAUAGUUCAAGUGCAACAUUUACAGCAGCUUAUACGCCUAUUAAUGUUAAAAGUAUUUGGGCACUAUUUAGAAAGAAAGACAACUAUUAUGUUAAUUUUGAGAACCCUAAGUUUAAAUAUCUUCAGCUUUCCAUGGGAGCUUAUGGAAAUAUGCCUGCAGAACCUGAAAAAUCAUAUGGACCUGUAUUUUAUGAAAUGGUUGCGAACGCUUGCAAUACAAACAAUGAUAUGAUUGGAUUUAAUGAAGAUGUUAUGAGGUCAUUGGUGGAUGAUG